UCGAUUAAUCCAAUGAUCCGCCGCUCUCCAUGGAAUAAAAUGAAAAAAAAAAAAAACUGAUAAAAAGGAGCGGAUUGUCAGCGCGCUCUUCUGCAAAUUCAAAUCCAAACAACACUGAAAAACCAUUCCCUUCCCACCGUACCAUUUUUCCAUUUUCAAUCUCCUCUCGCUUUAGCAUCUUCAAAAUUCAAACGCCAAUCAUACCCAUUUCAAUCCACAGACUCACAAAAACCAUCUCUUUUCCUCUCCUAAAUCUCGGCUUAAGUCAAGUUCAACGCUAAAGCCUUGGAAUUGAGCCCAGAUUUUGAAAGCUUUUUCUGGUGGGUACUAAUGGGAGAUAAAUUUGGAGUUGAUGAUCAGUCUCUGAGGGAAACAAGAUCUGGGUCGAAGGUUUCGAUUAUGGUGGGAGAGAAGAGAGAAAGUAUGGAAGUUGAAGAAAGAUCAGAGCUUCGUCACAAAAGAGUGAAAAUGAGGGAUCUUGAAUCAGUUUUCCGUUCUGAAGAAAGAAAUGGAAGGGAUGCCAUAGCACUUGAUCUCAAUGCAACUCUUGGCUCUUCCUGCAAUGGGGUUAGUGGUGAUGAUAUUGCAGCAGACGUUGAUCGAAGGGAUAGGGAGGCCUCGUUUAAGUUCAGAAGAUUUGGCUUGGAUUUAAACAAAGAAGUUGUUUCUAGCUCACUUAAUCAUGACCCUUUUUGUCCUUCUAAAGAUGGUGAAAAUGGUGAAUCAAGGGAUGAGUUUGAGUGUGCGAGUUCUUUUGCCCCAUUGGGGAGCAAAGAUUCGUCAUUCAGGGCGUGGAAUGAAAUGAAACAAAACGGGUUUUGCUCGUAUUCUCAUGCAAGCAUACAGGUGCCAAAGCCACAUGGAAGGAAGAGUAGAAAUGAAGGGAUAAUGGAGAAGAAGAAGAUAGAGCUUGCAAAGAAAGAAUGCAUGGACCAGUUUGCAAAGAUUGCAGCUCCUAGUGGGUUGUUGAAUGGAUUGAAUCCCGGGAUCAUUAACCAUGUGAGGAACAGAAAACAGGUUCACUCCAUCAUCGAGGCUCUCGUGAGAUCUGAAAAACAUGAAAGCCAACGCACUAGAGGCAAAAGAAAAGACCUAGUAGAAAGUACAAAUAGAAAUGAUGUUUUUAACGAACCUGCAUCGUUUCCAACAAGUGUUCUUGAUCUGACAACUUACCCUUCAAACUUCUACGGGCACUGUAAGGAUGACAUGCUCUCCCUGAAGCUUUCGUUGGCCUCAACUAUCAUAUCCGAUAAUACCAGUUCGUUGUCUAACGAUGAGACACCAAACCCAACUAGUGUUACUUCACUUUCCAUCAAAGCUGCUAACGUGGCCUCACAAUGGCUCGAAUUGCUUAAUCAAGACGUUAAAGGUCGUCUUGCAGCGCUGAGACGCAGUAGGAAGAGAGUCCAAGCUGUUAUCCAGACAGAGUUUCCUUGCCUAAUCUCGAAAGAUUUUGGUUCUAAUCAAGAGAAUGAGUCUUGCAGUGCAAAUAGUUCUAUUGUUCAAUGUGACAACUCUACUGCUACUGCACAUCAUGCUAGAUGGAGUGCAUUAUUCGAUCAAAUGGAUAAAUCUCUACUUGAAGAAGAAUCUCAACUGGAAAGUUUGCAGGAAAAAGUAAGGGAAAUGCAGUUGCAAUGUGAGCAUGGCCUUCUAAAAUAUGAGGUUUCUGCAUUCCCCAUUCCCAAUGAACACAAAUUGGACAAAGCUUCUGAGAGGGAUUUGGCUGUUAGAGCUGCAGCAGCCUCCAUUUAUUCAACCUGCAACUUUCUAUCAUCCAUGGAGAAUCUACCCUGUUUUCGAACGAUUCCAUAAUGCUCUCUCAGAUUAUCCUAUCCCUGUUUUUGUUUGCAUAACAGUAACUGUUGAAAGGAAUUCUUUUUUUUUUUUUUCUGGAAAUAAAAGCAAAUUUUACUUGUGUAUCAAUCAUUCACAUCUCUAUCCUCAUUUGUGUA